UCUACCAGGGCUCCAUCAGGAUGGUGUCGGCUGGGCUACAGAUGCUGGGCACGGCCCUGGCGAUCGUCGGCUGGCUGGGAAGCAUCAUCAUCUGUGCUCUGCCCAUGUGGAAGGUGACAGACUUCAUUGGAGCCAACAUCGUCACCGCUCAGGUCAUCUGGGAAGGGUUAUGGAUGAACUGUGUGACCCAGAGCACGGGACAGAUGCAGUGUAAGGUCUACGACUCCCUCCUGGCCUUGCCCCAGGAUCUGCAGGCUGCCAGAGCCAUGACUGUCAUCGCCAUUGUCCUGGGGAUUCUAGGGGUGAUGGUCUCCAUCGUCGGAGCCAAGUGCACCAACUGCAUCGAGGACGAACCCUCCAAAGCUAAAGUCAUGAUCAUCUCCGUAAUCUUCUUGAUCCUGGCCGGUAUCCUCAUCCUUAUCCCUGUGUCCUGGUCGGCCAUCACCAUCAUCCGAGACUUCUACAACCCCAUUUUGGUCGCGGCCCAGAGGAGGGAGUUGGGAGCCUCACUCUACAUCGGCUGGGGCUCCGCAUGGCUGAUGAUCGUGAGCGGGGCGCUACUCUGCUGCUCCUGUCCCCCCAGCGAUGAGAACCACGAUGUCCAGUAUUCCAAGGAUGCUAGCUCCGUGGCUGGCAGCAGCAAGGCCUACGUCUAGAGGGUUAGACACACCACAGACCAGACCACCACAGACCAGCACCAGGGGAUGACGGGAUGGACAGCCAGCCUGGUGAGAGGACUGAAGGGAGGUGGUGUUGAAACUCUCCAGGUUGUUCACUGUGCUGUUUUAAUGUUUUUACUGAAGCUUUUGCCACAUUC